GGAAAAAUGACAAUGUCCAUAACCAUUGAAGCUGUUUUGGUAACCAUUCUUCUGACCAUCACCAUUGUCAUCUCCGAUGACACGGUACUUAUCCCGGCAGAUAAGUCUCAAGUGAAGAGUUGGUACCAAAAUAGUGUCAAGCCCUACAAGGCCCGAAAGCACACUCUGGACCCUGCCCUUAUGACCGCGGAGUCCCAUGCCAAAGUGAUCAAGGUUAGGAAAGAUGGAAAGGGUGACUUUAAGACAGUGACUGAUGCUGUUAAAAGUAUUCCGGACAAGAAUACUCGUCGCAUCAUCGUGUGGAUUGGAGGCGGAAACUAUACUGAGAAAAUUAGGAUUGAUCGAAACAAGCCAUUUGUCACGUUUUAUGGUUCACCAAAUGAUAUGCCAACGUUGGUUUAUGAUGAUACAGCAAAGGAGUGUGGAACUGUUGAUAGCGCCACCUUAAUUGUAGAAUCCGACUACUUCAUCGCACUUAAUCUUAUAAUUGUGAAUUCGGCACCAAGGCCGGAUGGCAAAAGGGAGGGAGCGCAGGCAGUUUCACUAAGGAUCUCUGGCGACAAAGCAGCAUUCUAUAAUUGCAAAGUCCAUGGAUUUCAAGACACCAUCUGUGAUGACAGAGGCAAACAUUUCUUUCAAAACUGCUACAUUGAAGGCACCGUUGAUUUCAUCUUUGGCAAUGGCAGAUCUCUAUAUUUGAACACGGAAUUACAUGUUUUGCCAGGUGAAAAUAUUGCGAUAGUGACGGCACAAGCAAGGGAAAGUAGCUCUGACAGUACUGGCUACUCGUUUGUUCAUUGCAAUAUAAGUGGUUCUGGGAGCAACAUUUUCUUAGGCCGAGCCUGGAGAACUUUCUCUAGAGUAGUAUACGCUUACACUCACAUGAGCAAUGUGGUUACCCCUCAAGGAUGGUCAGAUCAUUAUAAUCCUCAGAAAGACAAUUUUUGCAGGGUUUUCUUUGGAGAAUACAUGUGCACUGGUCCAGGGUCGAACACUACCAACCGGGCAGAGUUUUCAAAGAAACUAAGAGAUGUAGAUGUUAAACCCUUCAUCUGCCUUGGUUUUAUAGAGGGUUCCAAGUGGUUGCUUCCUCUUCAUAUGGUUUAA